AUGAGUGUCUGGCCCUGUAACCUGAAAGGUGCCACCUGCACCUUGCUGUUUUGUCUUUGCGCCGUCAAUCUUACUCUGGCCAUGUUCUACGUGCUGCUCUUUAAGGAUGGCCAGGCGUUUGCCACUAGCUUCUGGGAACACCUAGAAGCAGAAACAAACUUGUGUCCCAAAAUCCCUCCGCACUUGGUGGGUCAUCUCCGUAUAGAGUUCAAUAGCCCAGUCAGCAUGGAGUUCAUCCAAAAAGAGAACCCUGAGGUCAAGGAAGGGGGUCGCUGGUGGCCUAGAAACUGCACCGCCCGGCAGAAGGUGGCUAUCAUCAUCCCAUUCAGAGACCGUGAGUCCCACCUCAGGUACUGGCUCCACUACCUCCACCCCAUUCUGCAGAGACAGCAGCUGGAUUACGGCAUCUACGUCAUCAAUCAGUAUGGAGAAACGACAUUUAACCGGGGCAUGCUGAUGAACGUGGGCUAUGCAGAAGCCAGGAAGCAGUACGACUAUGAGUGCUUCGUCUUCAGUGAUGUGGACAUUGUUCCCAUGGACGACCGGAACUUCUACAAGUGCUACAGUCAACCCAGGCACCUUUCUGUGGCUUUGGACAAGUUUGGGUUUCAGCUGCCAUAUGCUCAGAUGUUCGGCGGUGUGACAGCCUUGAGCCUGAAGCAGUUCGAGAAGAUCAACGGCUACUCCAACAACUACUGGGGCUGGGGAGGAGAAGACGACGACGUCUACAUAAGGCUCUCCAUGAGGGGCAUGUUCAUCUCCAGGCCUGAUAGCCAAACAGGGAGAUGCCGUAUGAUCAAACACCAGAGUGAGUCUCUCAACACACCCAACCCAAAGAGGUUCGACAACUUACAACUCACUAUACGAACCUUCAAGAGCGACGGUCUGAAUUCCCUGCAGUACCAUGUUGUGAGUGUUGAGAAGAACCCUCUUUACACAAACGUCACAGUGGACAUCGGCAGGACAUGACGACCAAAUACCCAAACAUGGCUAUGCUGCACCAGUGCUAUGAUGACCACAGACCCAAACUAUGCUGCAGUGCUAUGCCAGAUAGCAAAACUACAGUGGGACAGAACUGGGAAUCUACCACAACAUUCGGCACGGAUCUGCAUAAUGGACCUGAUCCGAUGUCCACACGCACAUCGGUCCAACAUUGUUUUGGAUCUGUUUGA